AUGGGAUUUACCAAGACAGUUCAUAAAGAAGCACCUGAGAACUACAAGCCGUACUACUUGAAGUAUGACGAGUUGAAGGAGCUCGUUCUGGACCUUGCAAGGGAAGAACCCUUGAAGAGGAGUCGUUUGAUGUCGGCAGACUUCAUGGAAAUGGCCAACCAGCCCAUUGGCAAAUUCCAAGACAGUCUCCGAGCUGAGCUGAAGAAAGUGAACCAGUUCGCCUGCGUGAAACAUGAAGACGUUUUCUUGGGCUUGAGACGGCUUUGCGAGCAGUGCAAGCGACUUUCUGCCGAGGAAGUUCAACCAAUGGCUGAGCGAAUCCGCAGUCUGGGUAAAGAGAUUGUCGACCUAGACACGUACGUGAGACUGAACUACAUGGGCUUUCAGAUGCUCACAGAGAAGUUUGAUGCGUGCUUGGGUAUUUCUGGCAGUCCACUGUUUGUGUCGGGCCUACAUUGCGAACCUUUCUGCAACAUUCGCUUUGAUGAUAUCUUAAUCUUGCUUGGACUGGCAUGGGCACGCUGGCGCUCUGCACAAGCACCUGCUGAGCAAUCCAAGGAUGCUACGUGGAAGCCACCAGAGAGCUUCAUUCGGAACACCUCCAAGUACUGGGUGCAGCCUGACAAAGUGGUGCUUCUGAAGACACGCAUUGUGGAGCAUUUGCCGUAUUUGAUUUUUGGAGCCUCUCAGUCAGAGCAAGAAAAACUGUUGGAACCCUUUGCUCUCUUGGAUCUGGAGUACCGAGAUGGCAUGGACAGCCAUGCUAUGAGCGCGUAUUCUGGAACCAUGGAGGAAUCCCAGCUAUUGAGCUCCGUUUACUUCGACAGUCCAGAUGCCACCAGCUACCAAGAGCGUAUCCGGCGAGAAGAAGGAGCACGAUUGGUGAGGUUCCGAUGGUAUGGUGAGAACAAUCAAGAAGAUGACAAGGAAAUUUAUAUCGAGCGAAAAAUCCAUCAUGAAGGAUGGGGAGGUGCAAAAUCUGCAAAAGAGCGGUGCGUGCUGCCUCAAGAAGAUGUGUUUGACUUCAUGAAGGGCAAGUUCGACAUCGAGGCCUACUUUGCCAAGUUAGCUGCAAAUGGCACCAAAGAGAAGACUAUCAAGGGAAUGAAACCCAUUGCAAUCGAGGUGGCACCCCCCAAACCGCCCCUUGGCCUUCAAGAGUCCAAGCAAUUGAUGGCUCAACAGGAAGUCUCGACCGAAAUCUGUGAAAGCAUGGAUGCUCUCAAGAAGCGGCACCGAGAAUGGCAACAAGCAGUCGAGGUGCAGCAAGAAGCAGCCGUGGUUCCAUCAGUGGUGCUGUCCUCUGUGGCUAAGUCGGCGUCACUCUGUAUUGGCACUGUCUACAGCAAUGGCCACACCGAUAUGAAUGGAAGCACCAGCGAGUCAGGGCUCAACAAACUCCCAGAGCAAGGCCAUCAACGUCCUGGUGGUCCUUUGCCUGAACUGCUGGAGGAAGUGAUUGUGGAUCAAGAAGCGACAGCUCUGGAGAAGAAAGAUCACAGUGAAUGGGGGAAAAGGCGUCGAGCGUUGUCGGCCUUUGUGGAUUCCGUGUUUUUCGAAUAUUUGACCGGCAUCAUCAUCUUGGCCAACAUAAUUAUGAUUGGAAUUGAAGCAGAGAUGUCUCUGACAAAGAAAGAGGAGAUGAGCUGGGCUACCAAUGUGGAGCAAGCCUUUCUUGCAGUCUACACCCUGGAACUCUUAUUGCGAAUCGCAGGUGGAGGGAUUCGAACCUUUUGGAGCUGCUGGUUUCUUUUAGAUUUUUUCUUGGUAUGCGUGGGCAUGCUUGCAGUGGUUGUGGCACCUAUGUUGACAGGUGGUGGCACUGAUAUGGCUGGUUUCGAGAAACUACUGGUCGUACGCGGCUUGCGCUUGUUGAGAUUGGCUCGUGUUUUACGAAUGGUUGGGCGCUUCAAGGUGGUGUGGCGCUUGGUAUCUGGCCUCCUGACAGCCUGGGAUACUAUGCUCUCAGCUACCGGUUUGAUAAUGCUUUGGCUAUUUAUUUUCGCUUGCGUGGCGGUCGAGAUCGUCAGCAAAGACAAAGAUCUUCUGAACAAUCCUGACACUGGGGCCAUAGUCGAGUAUGCCUUCGGAUCCUUGCCACGGGCGAUCUUGACUUUGGUGCAGUUUGUUAGCUUGGAUUCCAUCGCAGGAGUCUAUUUCCCGUUGAUCAUGGCAAAACCUUGGCUGGCGAUUUACUUCAUGCCGUUGAUGGUUUUGAUCCCUAUCGGCUUGAUGAAUCUUGUGACAGCGGUACUUGUUGAGCAUGCGCUUAGCCAUGCGACCCGUGAAGAAGAAGUUCAUCGCAUGCACACGAAGGAGAAGAUCAAAGCAGCCCUUCCAGAACUACAGACAAUUUUCACAUCGUUGGAUGCAGAUGGCUCUGGACAUGUUACACGUGCUGAGGCCGCUAAUGUGCCUUUAACUGUCUUUCCGCCCAAAGUCUUGGAGGCAGUGUCAGUGGAUAGUAUGGCAGAUCUCUUCGAAAUGCUUGAUGUCGACGAAGGAGGAACUUUAACCCAGGCUGAGUUUUUUGAAGGUUUGCUACACCUUCUCCUGCUGGAUGUUCCCAUGUGGGCCAUCCAAACGCUCAAACUCUUGAGACCUUUGCGCAAGGAGACAAUCCAAAUCGCCAAGGAUCUAGAUGAUCUCAAACAAUUCCUCGGCUACAGGGCAGAUGUGGUUGCUGUGCCAAAGGGCCUCCACAAAGGUGGUGCGAUCCAGCGGCAUGGCUCCGUUUCGCUCGGCGCAAAGCUCGUUGAAAAGAACAGCACCGAGAACAGCAGUGGCCUUCCAGACGUUUUUCUUUUGUUCCAAGCUACCAAAGAGUAUCCAAAGAGUAGCAUGCUGGCGACCGACAACAAGGUCCGCAUUUCCCUGGACACGCAGAUGUCGCUUCUCAACGAGUAUGUGCCGAAUGGUCAUCCCAACAAACCUUGGUGCCUUGUCGGCACUGACACUUUGCAACGGGAUGAUAUCUACCGCUUCCCGUAUGCGAUCCUGGAGAUUAAGUUGCAGGACGUGUCGGAAGCGCCGCUGUGGCUGCGGCAAACAUUGAACGACAUCGGGGCAAUCCAGGUUCACAAGUUCUCCAAAUUCCAGCAUGCAAUGGCAUUUCUUCAUCCACAGCGUGUCCCUACGUGGCCGCACUGGCACAAAGACUUCGAAGAAUGGCACAAAGCAAAGGAUGAAAAGAAACUGCGCUUCGGUAAGGGCAACGCCUCAGCGUUGCUGAAAAGUGAUACUGUCAUCGACGAUCUCGCAGUACCAAACGUCUCCAAGAUUGUGGCGCCUCAUGGCGAGGGACAUUUCCUCAAGGACAUGGAGAAUCUGGAUCCCAAAGCUGUGUUCGCCAACGAAAGAACGUUGCUGCACUACGCAGAAAAAGGCAUGUAUGUUGCUGCCGUCGCUGUGAUCAUUCUUCAUCAAGGGGGGCGCUACAAGAUUCUCGGCGGAGCACUUUCAGUCAUGACUGCCGUGUACUACGUUUGGAUCCUGGUCGCCUACUUCCAACGACUUGAUGAAAUCAAGGGCCGCUCAAAGGUGGUGAAGAAUCGUGAAGCACGGCUGGAUUGGAAUCUUGGCCCAGUGCUGGCAACCACCAUGGUGUCCAUCGUCUUGGUAUACACUUUGUCCAAGGUCUUGAAGAAUCUGACCAACAAGCCAUUUCCUGAUGUGCGACCUCACACCUGGCAGCUGCUGAGUGUCCUUUGCAGGUCACAAAAGGCUGCCCAAAAGGCACUGCAAUCCUCAGAGCUGCGAGAGCUUCUGCUGAAUUUUCAGUCCGAGGCAAGUACCGAUGCCCGCUAUGCAAAACACACCUUGGUGAAGACGCUGGUGGAUUGCCAUUCCCAUUGGAUCAGUGGACUGUUGGACUCAGAGGUGAUGGAUAUGAUGACGCAGUUUGCACAGCAGGGGCCCUACUGGGUUCCACGCAGCGCUGGUGCUGCCAUGAAGGAUGAAGCAGCCUGA